CCAUUUGUUUGUGGCAAACGCCAGCAGUGAUCUUUAGUACCUUAUACACACCAAAGCUUACUAUUUUAACUUACAACAUGUCCGGGUGGAACCGGCGUUACCUUUAAUGUUCUGUAAGCUGCUGUUACUACUGAAAUGAUGCGAGAAGUAUAGUCAAACGGUGUUGAAAAGACAGGAAAAGACAGAAAAACGUGCGUUCUUGAGCAGAAGUAGUUGGUCGGCUAACGUUAGCUAGCUAGUAUCUAGGAUACAGGUUAACUGGCUGACUAUUGUUAUCGCUGCCUUGUUCCUGGUUGGUGUUGUAGGUGUUGGCUAACAUUAGCUGACUUACUACUACAACUGUGGACUGAUGGAGUGCCCUCAUCUGAACUCAAACGUGAGCUGUCCUGCUGAGACCUCCCGGUUCCCUGGUAACGGUGCUCCGUCCUCCUGGUGCUGCAGCGUUUGUAGGUCCAAUAAAAGUCCAUGGAUUUGCCUUACCUGUCUGAUGGUCCAUUGUGGAAGAUAUGUCAAUGGACAUGCAAAGAAACACUUUGAAGAGAGUCAAGUCGUUGGCAUUAAUCAAAAGAAGGGCGAGAAACAGGAGAAAGAGAAAUCCCAUCAUUCUGUCUGCAUGGACUGCAGCAACUACAGCGUGUUUUGUUACAGAUGUGAUGACUUUGUUGUCAAUGACACCAAACUCGGGCAGGUGCAGAAGGUGAGGGAACAUCUGCAGAGUUUAGAAAAUCCAGCAAUGAUGGGUGACAGACAGAGGAAAAGAAAACUUCUGGAAAGCCCAGCUUCAGACAACAAGUUGUUGAAAGACAAUGACGGGGCGGCUUUAGGUGCUACAGGCCUGAGGAACUUGGGCAACACGUGCUUCAUGAAUGCCAUUCUGCAGUCCCUCAGCAACAUCGAGCAAUUCAGCUGUUAUUUCAAGGAGCUGCCUGCAGUGGCUCUACGCAGUGGUAAGACGGCAGGAAGAAGGAUGUACCACACCCGAAGCCAAGGGGACAACAGUGUGUCUUUGGUGGAGGAGUUCAGGAAAACCCUGUGUUCCCUGUGGCAAGGAAGCCAGACGGCCUUCAGUCCAGACUCCUUAUUUUAUGCUAUAUGGAAAAUCAUGCCAAGCUUCAGGGGCUAUCAGCAGCAGGAUGCACAUGAGUUCAUGCGUUACCUGCUGGACCACCUCCACAGGGAGCUCCAGUACAGUCGCAACGGGGCAUCUCACCCAGUCUCACCUCAGGAUGGGGUCCGCCUCUCCACUGCAGAGGGCAAAUGCUGCAUAAAUGGGACGGCCAGUGUUGUCACAUCCAAUUUUGGUGGCAUACUUCAGAACGAAGUCAACUGCCUGAUAUGUGGAACUGAAUCUCGGAAGUUUGAUCCAUUUCUUGAUCUGUCUUUGGACAUUCCCAGCCAGUUCAGACAAAAGAGAAGUAAAGACCAGGAGCCAGGGCCGACCUGCACCUUACGUGACUGCGUACGUAGCUUCACUGACCUGGAAGAACUUGAUGAAACGGAGCUGUACUAUUGCCAUAAGUGUAAAAAGCGACAGAAAUCCACUAAGAAGUUCUGGAUCCAGAAGCUGCCAAAGGUUUUGUGCCUGCACCUAAAAAGGUUCCACUGGACGGCCUUUUUGAGAAACAAGGUGGAUACCUAUGUGGAGUUUCCACUGAAAGACCUGGACAUGAGGGGCUACUUGCUUGAGCCGGAGACUUCAUUACCAGGAAGCUGCCUGUACGACCUUGUUGCUGUCGUAGUGCAUCAUGGAUCUGGAGUUGGAUCGGGGCAUUAUACAGCAUAUGGCAGCCACGAGAGCCGGUGGUACCACUUCAACGACAGCACAGUGACUCUGACCAAUGAGGACACAGUGAGGAAGGCCAAGGCCUACAUCCUCUUCUACGUGGAGAGGACUGAACAGGUGGCCGCAGACAAGACUGCCACGAACAAGCCUGCUGUGGACACAGCAGCCACGGGCAGCGGCCCUUCAGAAGCAGUUGCUCAGGACAAGGUUGCCACAGACAUGGUUUUGAUGGAUGUGCCAGCCUCACACAUGAAUACCCAGGAGGACGUGGCGGCCCCAGAUAACGCUGCGUUGGAAAAUGUGGGUGAAGACAUGGCUGAAUUGCAUAACACGGCUUCAAUGCAGGCUGCGACAGAUAGGGAUACCUCAGACCAGGCUGCAACAGAGGAAGCCAGCCAAGCCAUACCAGCCGUCGCACAGUGAUUCUGUCAGACUGCCUCAGACCAGCUCCUCACUCCAUUUUGACUUCACCUCAAUCACAUUUCUCACAGUGCUUGAUUUUAAAUAGUUAAUUUCCAAGUUUAAUGUAUGUGCAACUAUUUUCUUUUUUAUGACCUGCAUGACAGCAUCAUGUAUAAUUUGCUGCUUGAGAUUUCGUUAGUAUUUGCAUUUAUUUCCUCGAUGUUUUAUUCCUCAGUUGAGGUAGACUUCUCUGUAUGUAAUAGAUUCCAAAGGUGAUUGUUUAAAAUAAUGAAGUAAAGCUGUAGCCUUGGAAAACCUCAGUUGGUCCAAUAUUUAGCCUAGACUGAAGAAAUCGACUGUAACAAUAUUUGGAGUUUAUUGCUUUUUCUAAUUUUGUAAUUUCAACCUCUUGAGAACCUCAUAGUACUGUUUCCAGUCAUUAGGGGAGAUUUUAGGAUCUAGAAUGCAUUUAUUGACUGACAAGUGAUCCUUAGGGCUUUAGAAAAGUUGGUAUAACUUCGUGACCAGAACCAAUGUGAAAGAAAUGAUCAUUCUUAAAUUGUUUCGUUUGUGUGUAUUGAUGCUGGAGUAUAAUUUAACAUUAUGUUGAUCUGAAAUGGGCUUAGAAACGGGCCCCGGUGAAAUUCUCUUUUAAAAUGUAUCAGAUAAAGUGAACAUGACAAAAUACAAUGAAAAAUCUUUUUCAAAUGUUUGAUGUUUUUUUAGCUGUGGGGGAAAAAAACACCUUAAAAUUCACCUUUUUCUGAACACCACUAAACCAUUACUACAGCCAGACAAUAUGUAGACAGGAAGACAUGGUUGUUUAUUCUACCA